AUGAUUGUGACACUCCCACUUCCCAGUCAGAUCGUGCGGUUAUGGCCACCGGCUAUGGUCAACAUUCUCCAAUGGUUUGCCUUUUGGAGUUUUGCCGGCCUGUUGACGAUCCCCUGGCUGUUCUGCGUCUACCAGAUCGUCACUCACCAACUCGGAAGAACAAAGCGUAUCAAGCAGAUCCUCGACGAGGUAUCCGCCCCGAAGGUUGUGAUCGUUAUGCCCUGUUACAAGGAGGAGCCCGAGGUUCUUGUGACGGCAGUGAAUUCUGUCGUCGACUGCGACUAUCCCCCUUCUUGCAUCCAUGUCUUUCUCUCGUUCGAUGGCGAUCAGCAAGACGAGCUGUAUCUCAACACCAUCGAGAAGCUCGGUGUCCCCUUGACGCUUGAAUCGUAUCCUAAUAGUAUAGACGUGACGUACAAGGCGGCGCGGAUCACAGUUUCGAGAUUCCCCCACGGCGGAAAGAGACAUUGCCAGAAGCAGACCUUCAAGCUCAUCGACAAAGUCUACCAUGACUAUCUCAAGAGAAACGACAACCUCUUCAUUCUCUUCAUAGACUCGGACUGCAUUUUGGAUAGGGUUUGUCUACAGAACUUUGUCUACGACAUGGAGCUGAGCCCUGGCAACAGGAGGGACAUGUUGGCCAUGACAGGCGUCAUCACGUCAACCACCAGGAAACACAGCCUCAUCACUCUUCUGCAGGACAUGGAGUAUAUUCACGGGCAGCUUUUCGAGCGGACGGUUGAGUCAGGCUGCGGAGCAGUCACUUGUCUCCCAGGAGCACUGACAAUGCUGCGCUUUUCCGCAUUCCGGCGUAUGGCCAAGUAUUACUUUGCCGACAAGGCCGAGCAGUGCGAAGACCUAUUCGAUUUCGCCAAGAGCCACCUGGGAGAAGACCGGUGGCUGACGCACCUGUUCAUGAUCGGCGCGAAGAAGCGAUACCAAAUCCAGAUGUGCACCUCGGCCUUCUGCAAGACCGAGGCCGUCCAGACGAUGCGGUCGCUGAUCAAGCAACGCCGUCGAUGGUUUCUUGGCUUCAUUACCAAUGAGGUCUGCAUGCUGACGGAUUGGCGGCUCUGGAAGCGAUACCCCAUCCUGGUUCUAGUCCGGUUUAUGCAAAACACGAUUCGUACGACGGCGCUGCUGUUCUUCAUCAUGGUUCUGGCGCUGCUCACGACGACCAAGAGGAUUGAUGAUCUGCCAGUGGGCUUCAUCGCAAUCUCGCUGGGGCUCAACUGGUUGAUGAUGAUCUACUUUGGGGCGAAGCUGAGGCGGUUCAAGAUAUGGCUUUACCCCAUGAUGUUCGUGCUCAACCCCUUCUUCAACUGGUAUUACAUGGUCUAUGGCAUUUUCACAGCAGGCCAGCGGACCUGGGGUGGCCCAAGAGCAGAUGCUGCCGCUGCCGACUCUCACACAACGGCUCAGGAGGCCAUCGAGCAGGCCGAGAAGACUGGGGACGACUUGAACAUUGUACCCGAGUCAUUCAUCCCGGCAGCACAAGAAAGGAAGGAACUGGGUCUCACCGGCAGCGGAGACAAGAAGAAGAGUGGCGGAGUAAGCCGCUCCAGGAGCAUCCUUCAACCCCCUGACAAAGUGGUCGGCAAGUUUGCCGCGCCGGAGCGGACCCCGAGCGGCUGGUACCAGCACCCGGAUGACUCCGUGGCGAGCGUUGGGGUACUCGCUGGAUCGUUCCAUGCCGGUGGCCGGAGGACUCUACAGCACCGCGACUCGUUUGACAGCACUUCCUCCGCCCUUACCGGGAAUUUCUCCGUGUACAUGCCCCGGAGAGUGGAGAGCAUCAUGGGCGAGGAAGACCGGCGCAAGUACGAGCUCGCGCAGGCGAGCCAGCUGAGCCAGUUCAUGAGCAACUCACGCAUCUUCCAGGGGCCGCCGCCAGGCCAGGUGUACGAGGUGCCGGAAUCAGAGCUGCGCCGGGCGGGUUUCGCAGACUCAACUGAUGCCCUAUCAAACCAAAGCCCGCCACCAUCACAGCAGCCGAGGUUCGUGAGGCGCGGCAGCGGCGGCUCUGCCAGCUCGGCGCACACGCAGCCCAGACACUACACCCCGUCCCCGGAUCCGUACAGCGCGGCUGCCCGCCAACCACCCGUGCCGCCGCGGACCGCCAGCAACACGGCGGCGGGACCCAGCCCGCUGGGCAGAGCCAGCUGGAUGCAUCCCUCGGCUACUGAGGAGGCCGAGUUGGACCAGGCUGAAGCGUCUCAUGCGGACCAUGACAGCCGGGGUUCAUCCCCUAGACCUGGCCCGAGGACCUCCCAGCGGUAG